AUGUCAAGUCACGGGGGGACGGACUGUGCUUACGGAUUGUCGGAGGGAUUUGAAGAAGGAAUUUUUAGGAAGCCUCUGAGCUUCCACACAGUUUCGAUACACUGUCGGACCAUUACGGUUCCAAUUUUUUGCUUUUUGAUGGCGUUGAGAGAUUUAUGUCGGGUCAGGUGAUGGGCUUUCAGAGGAAGAUUGUUACGAAAUUGAGUGGAUGACAGUCAAGAAAUAACGAAAUUGAGGAGGAGAAUGAUAAAAGUUGAAGGACCAAUGGCUUUUUGAAAAGAUGGUCCCGGAAAGAUUGGCGAAAAUCAUCAAGAAGAAGAGAAACAGUAUAUUACGCAUGUUCGAGACUUCGUGCAGGAACAAAGAACUGUGGCCUUUUUUCAGAGCGAGAUUUUUGAAAUAUGGAUAUUUUUAGCUUUUGCACGCUCUCGUCAUACUGUCUGACCAUUACGAUUCCACUUUUUUGCAUUUUUGGUGGAUGAAUCAUUGAGGGAUUAAUGUCGUGUCAGGUGAUGGGCUUUUUGGAGGAAAUCGUUACGAAAUCGAGUGGGAUAUUGAUAAAGAUUUUUGGUAGGAGCGGUUCCGGAACUGUAGAGGAAAAAAAAAUCACAAAUUUCGGAUUUUUUGAGAACGACCUUUUCGAGCUCCUAUCCAAAAGAUCUUCAAAAAUAAAACCAUUUAGGGAAAUUUCUGAAGAAGUUGUGUACCAAAAUAUGAAAUUUUUCAAAUAUAACGGGAAGCUGAGGGGCGUGGCCUGUCUGCGCUCUCCACCGACCAGGCACUGUCUCUUUCCUCAUCGUGUCAGGACCCUUUUUUCGAUGGCUCAAGCCAGCCGUGAAUCAGCUCUACUCUAAUCUGUUCAAGUUUGUUUGCUAAAUCGAAGACAGGAGCCUUUUUCAUUGGUAUUUCAGUUAGUUACAGGUUUUCUGUGCCUAUCAAAAGCUUACCACCAGAAGAUGAACCCCCGAUCCUUCCCGAAGAAGUCAAGUACGCCAUCAGGAAGCUGAAGGUCGGAACGGCCGCAGGACCCGACAACAUCUCAUCCGAACUGCUGAAGGCUGGAGGAGACUCGCUGUACCGACUACUUGCCCGGCACUUCUCCAAGUACCUGAGCGAAGCCUCUAUUCCUGAACAAUGGAAAACAUCCAAGACGAUCCUCAUUCCGAAGAAGGGCGACCUCACCGACCUGAACAACUUCAGACCGAUCUCCCUCUUAUCGGUCGUCUACAAGUUGUUCACCAAGGUCAUCGUCAACAGACUAGAGAAGCAACUCGACAACUUCCAACCGUCCCUCGCAGGCUGGCUUCCGACGCAACUACUCUUGCCUCGACCACAUCCACGCCUUGACCCAGGUGGUGGAACGGCACCGGGAGCACCAGAUGCCACUUGCGUUGGCCUUCGUCGACUACUACAAGGCCUUCGACAGCGUGGAGAUCAACGCCGUCUUGAAUGCUCUUGCCUCCGCCGGAGUCGCCACGAAGUACGUCGAGCUGAUCGCCAACAGCAACGAGGGAACGUCCACGACCAUCCAGCUGUUCGACAAGAAGCUUUCGAUCCCCAUCAGGAAAGGUGUUCGCCAGGGAGAUACCAUCUCCCCCAAGUUGUUCUCCACGGCACUAGAAGACGCGAUGCGCCAACUUGGAUGGGACGAAGAGCACGACUGGGAAGACAGUACAGACAUCAGAGGCAUCAACAUCGACGGCAAGGUCCUCACAAACCUCCGCUUCGCCGACGACAUCGUACUCUUCUCAAGCUCCACCACCGAACUGUCCUCCAUGCUGAACGAUCUGGACGAAGUCGGCAAGAAGAUCGGCCUUAAGAUGAACGUCAAGAAGACGCAGUGGAUGAAGAACCGCUUCUGCGACCAAGGCAAAGUCACCCUUGAGGGCCGCGACCUUCAGGAGGUCACAUCCUACAUCUACCUUGGCCGGGAAGUAAACAUGGUGAACGACCUGCAAGCAGAGAUCGGCAGACGCAAACGCGCUGGAUGGGCCGCCUUCAACUCCAUCAAAGAAGUCACCAGUCAGCUGAAAGACCCGAAACUGCGAGCUCACAUCUUCGAAGCGUCGAUAAUCCCUGCCAUCUCCUACGGUACCGAAGUUUGGCCUGACACGAAGAAAAAUGCAACCGCCCUACGAACUUCCUACCGCGCACUGGAACGUGCUCUCAUCGGCACCACUCGCUUUGAGCAGUGGAAAAAAGAACAGAGGAGCACAGACCUCCGUCAACUGUCCCAAAUCCGGGAUCUAGAAGAGCACAUACAACGCGGGAAACAUCGUUGGAGCGGCCACGUCAUCCGCAGACAAGACGACCGCUGGUCCACGAGAUUAACACACUGGAUUCCGAGAAACAUCAAGCGCCCACUCGGGCGCCCACCGACCAGAUGGACGGACUACUUCCGCAAGAACAUCAGUCAGCCAGGCCGCCACUGGAUGACCGUCGCGCAAGACCGAGCCGCCUGGAGAACGUGUGGUCCACGCUGAGAACAUCAGCGAAGAUGGACCAUCAAAGUAUCAAAGUAAAGUAAGUAUCAAAAGCUUAGAACACGUUCUGACAAAACGUUCAUAACUUUUCGAGAAAUUUUCAAAAAAAACUUCUGUGAAAAAAAUAGUUUUUGGAAGAAAAUGGCCAUCGAACGGUUUUAAUCAUGAAAUUUCGAUAUGUACAUCAUAAUCUGUCAAAAAAAUAAUGGCGAAAAACGAUAGCCGCCGAAAGAUUCGAACCUUGAUCAUAGGUUUCGCAGACUAACGCGCCAGCCACUGCACCACGCUCCUAGCUGCCAUGCAAUGACUUGUGCUUCGGACAUACUCCUUCCGAACAGUGUUUAA